AUGGAUCCAUUGGUAGAAUACAAAAACUCUGUGCAAAAUCGACUGGACAAUGCAGACAUUCUAGUAUCGCGCCUGGUGCAUGAGAACUCGCUACUGUCACAGGAAGUGGAGAACCGCGACCAAGAGAUCGAAACUUUGAAACGCCAGCUAGAAACGCACAAGCGCGAAGAGGAAGAGCGCCAACAUCGCAUGACCUCCCUGGAGGAGGAACUAGACAUUGUACGGGAUCUGUUCGAGCACCUGUGUGGGGUGAGGGUACACAAGUCGUACGAAGACGACACCGGGCUGUGGUUCGACACGUCGCAAGGAGGUCGCAAAGGUGUCAUGGACUAUAAGCUGGGCUUCGUAAAGGGCGAGACGGAAGGUACGGAGGUCAUAUACGUGCCGUUACUCAAGCAGCGGUCGGCAGAGGAGCUGCAGGCCUUACAAAAGCUGCUACCGGGCUAUAUGUUCGACACGCUGAGUUUCCCACUCAAGUCGUUAAAUCAAUUCUACAAUAAGCUAGCGAAAUGUUUAUCUAGAAAUACUACAGCCGAUGCUAAGUAA